AUGGGAAAUUUUUCCCAUAAGACUGGCAAAGCCCUCCUGUUUUCGCCACCCCCGCCCCCGGACCGCCCGGCGCUCACCGCGGAUCCGGACCCGGAGCGCCGGAACAAUGACGCGAGGGGGAGGGAAAGUUCGCCAGCCCGCGGGGCGCCCGGGCUCACCGGGGACCUCGCCGCCGCCCGCACCGCCCGGCCCCCAGUCUCCGGGACUCAGUUCUUCCCGCCCCCCAACAUCGAAACAGUCGGGGCGCGCCCCCGCUCCCCAGAGCAUCCGGCCCCAGGCGGCCGGCAGAGCAGGUCCUCCCGCCGCGGGUCUGACCCCGGGAGCCCCGAGAGCAGGCAGUGGACCGGGAGGGAGGAGGCGCCAGGAUGGGGCACCGGAGGGAACGGCCGCACAGUUAUGGCGCUCAAUUCCUGCCCGAGUGUAGCCGCAGCCGAGCCCGGCCGGGCGCCCCCACCACCCCCGCCCCCGCGCCGGCCACCCGGCGCUGCGCCGGCCGGCCGAGGGACCACCGGGCACUUCACCUCAGCCCACACACGCUCUCGGCCCCAAGGCGCUGGGGACGCCGGAGGCCACCGCGGUGAGGAGCCGGAGCGAUUCGGAGCGCGGUGA